GCCAGAGAAGAAGGAGGAGAUGGAGGAGGAGAAGGAGGAGAAACACCAAACCUUCAUGGAGAAAUACGAGAAGCAGAUCAAACGCUUCGGGAUGCUCCAGCGCUGGGAUGACUCUCAGAAGUAUCUGUCUGACUAUCCUCAUCUGGUCUGCGAGGAAACGGCGAAUUAUCUGGUCAUCAUGUGCAUCGAUCUGGAGGUGGAGGAGAAACACGCUCUCAUGGAGCAGGUGGCCCAUCAGACCAUCGUCAUGCAGUUCAUCCUGGAGCUCUCCAAGAGUCUGAAGGUCGAUCCGCGCGGCUGCUUCCGCCAGUUCUUCACCAAAAUCAAGACCACAGACCAGCAGUAUCAGGACGCCUUCAACGACGAGCUGGAGUCCUUUAAGGAGCGAGUGCGCGGACGAGCCAAGAUCCGCAUCGAGAAAGCCUUGAAGGAGUAUGAGGAGGAGGAGCGGCAGAAGCGCCUGGGUCCCGGCGGCCUGGAUCCAGUGGAGGUGUACGAGUCGCUGCCUGCGGAGAUGCAGAAGUGCUUCGACGAUAAAGACAUUCAGAUGCUGCAGGACGCCAUCAGCAGGAUGGACCCGACGGAGGCCAAACACCACAUGAAGCGCUGCAUCGAGUCGGGACUGUGGGUCCCGAACGCACGAGCGGACGAAGAGGGAGAGAAAGAUAAAGAGGAAGGCGAUGAGCCGCAGUAUGAGGAAGUGAAGAAAGAAGAGCAGUGACCCCUGACCCCGCCGGACCCCAGAGCCAUCUGAUGAGAUCAGUGCUGAAGCAGAUCCUGAGCACGUCUCUCUCUUCUCUCAUCAUCACUGUUUGUUAUUCAUGCAGUCUUCUGUAGACACUCUCCCAGCGCUUCCGCUCUCUUACGCCAUCCUCACGCUCAUCUAAAGCCAGAUUGUGUGUUUUGGGUUUGAUUAGCCGUUACUCACAGGUGAAUGAAGAUCUGCAGUAUUAUAGAUAGAGGAGACAGUCCAGAUGAAUACUAAUAAUGAACUGAUUUAUUUGUUGGAUGCUGGUCUCUUUUUGUUCAUAUGAUUCACACUGCUCUGUUAGUGCUGUAUGUUCAGUUUGUAUCAGAAUAAAGUUGUGGGCUGAUGGGAAA